GCUCCGGUCAAUACACCCAGCCCACCGAGGCAAGCUCCCCGCCACCUGGUGCACCGGCCUCCUCCUCCGCCACCCCAUCUGAUUCUCCGCCGCGCCCAAAUCAAUCGACGACGCCAACUGGUGCUGUAAGAGCGGCUCCGGAGGCCGGAGGAGAAGCAGCAGAGCGCGCCGCGAUCCCCCGAUUCCCCCAUCUCGCCGUCCCUACCCGUGGCCACAGAUUAGGGGUCCACUGUAAUUUUUCAUGUCCUUAUCUGGGAUGGCCAUUGCAUUCAAAGCAAGCACGAGUGCUUGCACUGCUCACCAACCAUGGGGGCACUCAACCAGGGAUCAGUGUCAGUAUGGUUUCGCUCACAUAAAUGAACCAAGGAGCAGGAAAGGCUCCGCAGCACUGCAAGUGAGAGCUACUUCUGGGAAGUUAGACUUGGAUUUCAGUGAUCCUUCUUGGAGGCAAAAGUAUCAGGAAGACUGGGAUGGCCGUUUUAACUUGCCACACAUAACAGAUAUAUUUGAUUUGAAGCCAAGGCUAACUACAUUUUCGCUCAAGAAAAACAGAACUCCCCUGGGCGAUACCGACGAUUCAUCACCUGACAUGUGGAAUGGCUAUGUAAAUAAGGAUGACCGAGCACUUCUGAAGGUGAUCAAGUAUGCGUCUCCUACUUCUGCUGGAGCUGAGUGCAUUGAUCCUGAUUGUAGCUGGAUGGAACAUUGGGUGCAUCGUGCAGGGCCUCGUAAGGAAAUAUACUAUGAACCUGAGGAAGUAAAAGCAGCCAUUGUUACUUGUGGAGGGCUCUGCCCUGGUUUGAACGAUGUCAUUAGGCAGAUAGUAUUUACCCUGGAGAUCUAUGGGGUUAAGAAUAUUGUCGGAAUUCAGUUUGGUUAUCGCGGAUUCUUUGAAAAAGGCUUAAAAGAAAUGCCGCUUUCACGUGAUUUGGUGGAAAACAUAAAUCUUUCUGGAGGAAGUUUCCUAGGUGUCUCUCGUGGAGGAGCUAAAACUAGUGAGAUUGUAGAUAGUAUACAGGCCAGAAGAAUUGAUAUGCUCUUUGUAAUUGGUGGAAAUGGUAGCCAUGCAGGAGCUAAUGCUAUCCAUGAGGAGUGUCGUAAGAGAAAACUGAAAGUUUCAGUUGUAGCUGUUCCAAAAACAAUUGAUAAUGAUAUACUUUUCAUGGACAAGACUUUUGGUUUUGAUACAGCUGUUGAAGAAGCUCAACGUGCAAUCAAUUCUGCCUAUAUAGAGGCACGCAGUGCAUAUCAUGGAAUUGGGUUGGUCAAAUUAAUGGGAAGAAGCACUGGGUUCAUAGCCAUGCAUGCUUCUCUUUCUAGUGGACAGAUUGAUGUCUGCUUAAUACCUGAGGUAUCUUUUACACUUGAUGGAGAACGUGGUGUUUUGGCACACCUUGAGCACUUACUGAAAACCAAGGGAUUUUGUGUAGUUUGUGUUGCUGAAGGUGCUGGACAGGAUUUGUUGCAAAAAUCUAAUGCGACAGAUGCAUCAGGAAAUGUGAUACUUAGUGACUUUGGUGUUCACAUGCAACAAAAGAUUAAGAAGCAUUUCAAGGACAUUGGUGUUCCAGCUGAUAUUAAGUACAUUGAUCCAACAUAUAUGGUCCGUGCCUGUCGUGCAAAUGCAUCUGAUGCUAUCUUGUGCACUGUGCUUGGACAAAAUGCUGUCCAUGGAGCAUUCGCCGGGUUCAGUGGCAUCACCUCAGGUAUUUGCAACACACAUUACGCUUUCCUCCCGAUCACGGAAGUCAUUACAGCACCGAAGCAUGUGAACCCAAAUAGCAGGAUGUGGCACCGCUGUCUCACGUCUACCGGCCAACCAGACUUCCACUGACCCGAGUUUCGCGAUGCACCUCUCUGCACAGGUUGAACUCGAAAUGGAUUAACAUUCUUUUUUUUCUUACCUACAGACUAGUGAGAGCGCAAGCUACCAAUACGUUAUACGUUAACAAUAAUGUAAUGCUGACAAUGAACUCAACCCCAGUUUUUGUCUGUGGACAAUGGAGCAAUGGAGCUGUACAUGCUCGUCAUCCCGAAUAAUCCAAACUGUAAUACACUGCCCUUUUUUAGGGAGUAAUACACUGUCCAUUGAUCAUCCUAAUGCUAAAAGGAAAGAUCGGCCCUUGAGUGCGUUUUAUUUGA